AUGGUUCAUUUGUUUCCAUUGAUAUACAUCGGUGAAACUUUGCAUGUACUUGUGUUUAAAGGUCACAAUACCAACCCCGAAAGGGAGAAGAGCAAAACAACGAGGAACCCGCAAAUUCAACACACAGGAUGGACUUCGUUUCAGUCUAAACUUUACUAUAUCUCAACUGAGAAGAAGAACUGGACUGAGAGCAGAGAGGACUGCAUAAAAAGAGGAGCAGACCUGGUGAUCAUAAACAGCAAAGAGGAACAGACUUUCGUGGAAGCGCUCAACAAGAAUCGUGGUAAUUAUAUUGGUCUGAGUGACUGUGACAAAGAAGGCAAUUUUAAAUGGGUGGAUGGAACGAAACUGAACACUUCGUAAGAAUUUAUAGGUUUAUAUUUAUUUUAUACUACACUGGAUGGUACAUUAUUCAUUGGAAAAAAAAUUCUUGCUCAGUGUAUCUGAUGCAUUCGACCUUUUCUGAUGAGGAUGUGAUGGUUCAGUGGUUAAGGCUUCAGGUUACUGAUCAGAAGGUCAGGGUUCAAGUCCACAAGCUGCUGAGCAUCAACGUUGGGUCCUUGAGCAAGGCCCUUAACCUCACCUGCUGCA